AUGGUCCUGAAGGCAUCCCUGCUUCUGGGGCUCAUUGUGCUGAUGCCUCAUGUUUGCAGUCCCAGCUUUGUGGACAUUAGUAGGAGAUCAAAUUACUUCACCCUGUGUGUUGAGUUUGCAGUAUUUCAUUUCAACCAAGUCUACCCAGAUGAGUAUGCAUAUAAGCUGCUGUGGGUGCGGCGAAGCCAGCACAAGAAGUUUACCAUGAUAUAUUUAAUGGAAUUGGAGUUGGGACAAACCAUUUGUGCAAAACAGGAUGAAGAUCUGGACAACUGCCCCUUGCAAGAAGGCCCACGAGAGAAAAAGGUGGACUGCACCUUUAUUGUGGAUGUCAGACCAUGGUUUUCCCAGUUCUCCCUCCUCAACAGUACCUGUGUGCAGAAAUAG